GUUCAGAUACUUUAAGAAGCAGGAGCGUUAUCAAAUCGGGCGACAACCCCGCAGAGUACGUAGCUUGUCGGUUCAACCAUCAUUGAGGGUCGAGCCUGCCCGAGGUCGACCGGAACAGGUAUCUCAUCUUCUUGAGUUUCCAAGUGAUUCGAACUUUUAGACAACUCUUGAGCGAUCCAGCUUGGUGAAGGUGAAGAAAUCGUAACACCGUCUCAUUUACUUCAGCACUGCGACCACGGCAGCAUUGCUUGGCCUCUUUCGGCUUUCGUUCGACGUCCGUGAUUCUCACAUGCCCCCUUAGACUCCCAACACGGCUUCGACAAUGGAUCCAGUCAAAAAGUUUCCUGGAAUCCUGCAUCGUCGUCGACCUUCACAGCGAUCGAAAACCAGGAAUAGGUCAACAAGUCCGAACACGUUCAAAAGAUUCUUCCAGGAACGCUUUGGCAGCGUUCGACCAUUACAGUACGAAGAGAACACAGAGACUUUUCAUUCUCAAAGCAACUUGGGAAAAGAGGACCUAGCGAAGAUUAUCGCCUCUCAUGAUGAAGAUUUGCCAGCCAGCGAUAGGGUCGAGAACAUUUCCUGGAACAAGGUCUUUGAGCAAAUGGCUGCUGCUAAGCAACAGCAUGAUGAGAAAACAGGAAUUAGCUCAAAGAUAGCUGCCAGUGCCGAUAUAGUGACCGGAAUUACCAGUGCCUUGCCGGACGAGUACGGCAUUUGGAUUCUGAAAGGCGGUCUUGCUCUCAUUUUCGAGGCAACAAAGGCACACGAAGACAACAGAAGCCGGAUACUUGCGACAUUCGAAACCAUCCCCGAAAGCAUCUUGACAAUCAACAUGGCCUUCGAUCUCCUCAAGCCGGCUUCCGUGGACAAAAAUCUCUGUACCGAAGUAAUCAGCAUGCUUCUUGAAGAUCUUCCCGUUCUUAUCAAAAUCCUCUUAGGCAAUGAGCCAUGGUACCGCAAAGUGGUUGCACAACUUCUACUCAGAAUUCCUGAGACUUCCACGGUUGACCAAAUCCUCACACGGUGGAAUCAGGAAGUUGGGCGUCUGGAGGAGCACGUGAAGCGGAUGAAACUAGCCAUGCUUUCUCAAUUUCCUCAGGAUCUGAAAAAUAUAAGUGAACGAUCUAAGGCUACAGAGCUAGGAAUUCGCAUGCUUUUUGAAGAGAGCAAAGCUAUGCAAGGCAUCAUCUUACAGAGUAUCCAAAACGAGAAUGCUCUCUUACUUGAGGUGGCUUAUACGAACGAGAUCGCUGCGGAUUUGGCUUCGACAGCAAAGGAACACUUGGAGGAUUUGAUGAGGGGAAAAAAGGAGCAGACGGAGGCCUUCAGAAGGAAAGAGAGUCAGCUGGAGCAAAAAGAGAGUCAGCUAGAGCAAGAGCGGCAGUCUUUACAAAAUGAGCGGGCGAGUUUCUCUAAAGACAGAGAACAUUACCGGGCCAUGCAGGAAAAAAACGUCCAUCUCAGUGUUGAGAAUGCCACACUUCGCAGUCGCCUAUCCAACAACAGUCUUCGACGAGAACACACUCGUUCCUUUGGAUCGCUACAUCUACUGGCUGCUCUUAAAGUCGCCGCAGGCGGCUCAGCAGGCGAUAUAGGUUUUGUCAUGGAGGAGGCUGAAGUUCUUGAUCUAGAGGAGAAGGGGAGAGCACAAUGGCUGCUUGAGACCGAUGAGUUCCGCCAAUGGUUUCGCCAAGGUGGUUCAUCUUUACUGCUCGUGGAUGGCUGCUUUGACCAUUCGAUUGUGUCUCCACUUUCCGCCAUAUGCAGUGGGGUAAUCGCAGCUCUUCUCGAAGAUGAGGACUCAGCGGUGGUUUUCUUCUUCGCGGGGCUCCAUACUGACGUGGCGGCACCGGAAGGCAAGAACACAGGGCCAAGAGCUAUGAUGAGGAGCCUUAUAGCCCAGCUGCUGAAGAUCCAGAAGUUGCCUGCCCCAGACUUAGGAUUCCUAUCAGAGAGUAUGUUGGAGGCCUGCAGUCUGGGAGAUUGCUAUACUCUCUGCAAGAUCUUCGUUGAAAUUAUCAAGCAGGCUCCGCCUCAAAUGACUGUAUUCUGCAUCAUUGAUGGUAUCUCUUGGUAUGAGCAGGAUCCCUGGAAACAAGAUGUUUACCAGGUAGCGACGGCCUUCGAACAUUUAGCAAAACGGGAGGACCUGGGAGAGUCCGGGCCGUUGAAAGUUCUGCUGACUAGUCCUGCUCAGAGCAUGGAAAUUGGGAACCUAGCAAUGAGGCACGGCGAUGUAUGGAGCUUUAUCUCCUUGGAGGCUGGGGAUGUUCACCCUGAUCUCGGUUGGAUGGAUUCCAAUAUGCUAUCUUAGUUGAAUGUAGGAAUGGUGGAAGCGGGAGGAAGAUUCUUCCAAGAGGCACUGGUAUCAUAAUAUCUUAUCUAAAGUAUUGUCCGUCCAUGAAAUGAC